AUGAUCAAGGUGCUGAUAGGGCAGGUGGGCCGCCUCACCAGGUCCCGAAAUGCGGUCACCUCGUCCCUCCUGCCCUACUCUGGGCCACCCAAGGCCCAAGCCUCUGACCACCCUGUCGCUGACCACAGCUCCUAUCACAAACUUCGUGUAAGCAGUGGGAACCCUAUCUAUGACAACUACGCUCUCAGUCACAGGAACGGGACACAUGACCUAGCAGCAGAGAUUAACCUGCAGUCAGAGCAGACGCCGAAGCCAUGCAGUGUCAACACACUUGUAACCUCAGCGUGUGGGAAGCUGAAGCGGGAGGAAUUCUAUGCGUCUGAGGCAGAAGUGCACCAGCACAGAGCUUCUCAGCACCAGACAGGGACCAGUCUGGUGACACAGACAGCAGCUAUGAACUACCCACUAACCCUGGACAUGGAUCUCAUCACCUAUAACCUGGACGACCUGUACAAGGAAUUUGCCAUCUACAAUAACAGCACUGAGAUCCCCCUACAGGAAAGUCGCUUCUGCUCCACAGUGGAGGGACCCCUGCUGACCUCCUUCAAGGCCAUCUUCAUGCCUGUGGCCUACAGCCUCAUCUUCCUCCUGGGGAUGAUGGGGAACAUCCUCGUGCUUGUAAUCCUGGAGCGGCACCGGCAUACUCGGAGCUCAACAGAGACCUUCCUGUUCCACCUGGCGCUGGCCGACCUCCUCCUCGUCUUCAUCCUGCCUUUCGCAGUGGCCGAGGGCUCUGUGGGCUGGGUCCUAGGGACCUUCCUCUGCAAAACUGUGAUCGCCCUGCACAAGAUCAAUUUCUACUGCAGCAGCCUGCUGUUGGCCUGCAUAGCUGUAGACCGUUACCUGGCCAUUGUCCAUGCUGUCCAUGCCUACCGCCGCCGCCGCCUCCUCUCCAUCCACAUCACCUGCGCAACCAUUUGGCUGGCUGGCUUCCUGUUUGCCUUGCCAGAAGUCCUCUUUGCCAAGGUUGGCCAGCCUCAUAACAAUGACUCCCUGCCACAGUGCAGCUUCUCUCAGGAGAACGAAGCUGAAACCAGAGCCUGGUUCACUUCCCGUUUCCUCUACCAUAUUGGGGGCUUCCUGCUACCAAUGCUGGUGAUGAGCUGGUGUUAUGUGGGAGUGGUACACAGGCUAUGCCAGGCCCAGAGGCGCCCUCAGCGACAGAAAGCAGUCAGGGUGGCCAUCUUAGUGACAAGUAUUUUCUUUCUUUGCUGGUCACCCUACCACGUUGUCAUUUUCCUGGACACACUGGAAAGGUUGAAGGCUGUGAACAGUAGCUGUGAACUGAACGGGUAUCUCUCUGUGGCCAUCACCGUGUGUGAGUUCCUCGGCCUGGCUCACUGCUGUCUCAAUCCCAUGCUCUACACCUUCGCUGGCGUGAAGUUCCGCAGUGACCUGUCUCGGCUUCUGACGAAGCUGGGCUGUGCUGGCCCAGCUUCCCUUUGCCAACUUUUCCCCAGCUGGCGCAAGAGCAGUCUUUCUGAGUCAGAGAAUGCCACCUCUCUUACCACCUUCUAG